UUGCGUGCGCGGCGAACAUGGCGGAUCGGCUCACCCAGCUUCAGGACGCAGUGAACUCGCUUGCAGAUCAGUUUUGUAAUGCCAUUGGUGUAUUACAGCAGUGUGGUCCUCCUGCCUCUUUUAGUAACAUUCAAACAGCAAUUAAUAAAGAUCAACCAGCCAAUCCUACAGAAGAGUAUGCCCAGCUUUUUGCAGCAUUGAUUGCACGAACAGCAAAAGAUAUUGAUGUUUUGAUAGAUUCCUUACCCAGUGAAGAGUCUACAGCUGCUUUACAGGCUGCUAGCUUAUAUAAGCUAGAAGAAGAAAAUCACGAAGCUGCUACAUGUCUGGAGGAUGUUGUUUAUCGGGGAGACAUGCUUCUGGAGAAGAUUCAAAGUGCACUUGCUGACAUCGCACAGUCACAGCUGAAGACCAGAAGUGUUACCCAUAGUCAGUCUCUCCCAGACUCAUAGCAUCAACAGCUAAGAUAUGAUGGAGAAAAGAACUGUUUGACUGCUGACAAGCAUUGACAUUCUUACUGUUUGACAGCAGUAAGAAUGCUGCAUCAGAUGUAAUCCUUACCAACAGCUAUAGAACAUCAUAUGCUACGACUGUGUUGCCUUUUUUUAGCUAGUUUUCACCGUGUUCUGUUUUCACUCUUGAUAAGUAAAAAGCUUUAAAAUUACAACUAAAUCAUCUUCAGACAUCAUUAUGCCAUCAUUUUUUAUCUGACUAGAAUUUCCAGGAUACUAAUAAGGUUCAUGAUAUAAUUGAACAGAUAUUCAAUAAAGCUCUUUGUUGUUUUGUGUA